CUUUAAAAAAUGGCAAAGGUUCAUCCCCAAGCACCACUUUCUUCUUCAUCCCCUGGCUACUUCACUUCAAAACAAGAAACAUUCACUAUAUGGAUGAAGUCUCUCAUAUUGAAUGGCCAUGGUUGCACUGUUUUUGAUUCUAACGGUCAGAUCGUGUAUCGUGUAGAUAAUUACGACUCUAGAGGUAGAGCUAAAGUUCAUCUUAUGGAUUUGAAAGGCCAAAUCCUAUUCACCAUACUAAGAAAGAAAUCCAAAUUUCUUGGUGUCUGGGAGGGAUACAGAUCCAGUAAUGGUAAAGAGAUCAACCUGAAAAAUACACCCGGUUUUCAAGUUAGGAGAAGCUUUAAAGGCAAGUCAGCAUGUAAAGUCAUCGUGGGACUAGACAAGAAUCAAAAACAGCAAUACAGAAUAGAGAGCUGGAGUAAAGGAAAGUCAGCCUGCAAGAUACUAGACAAGUUUGGAAGACUUGUUGCAGAGGUAAAGAGAAAGCAGUCAACAUGUGGAGUGGUACUAGGAGAAGAUGUUUUGACACUGGUGGUAGAGCCCUUCAUGGAUCACUCUCUUAUAGUAGGGCUUCUUGUUGUGUAUGGUCUCAUCAACCGUAAAUUGUGAUUGAGUGAAAACAAAUCAGCAACAAGAAUAUUGAAGUUAUAUUGAUUUAACUAGUUUUUUGAGUCUUUAAUUAGGGUGGUCUUUCCCACCACCUAGUUGGUGAAUUGAACAGUACUUACUUCCAUUGGAUUCCAACUUUGUAUUCAUCAAUUCAGGAGUUAACUGAGUUAUUUCUAACUUUG